UCGACAAAGCUUGUAGAAAAUGAGUUAUCAGCUGUAUAGAAACACCACACUGGGUCACACUUUACAAGAAAGUUUAGACGAAUUGAUACGUCACGGACAGAUCUCACCAAACCUGGCCCUCCAAGUUUUACUACAGUUCGACAAGGCCAUAAACAAUGCUCUAGCUAAUCGUGUCAAGUCGAAAAUCAGCUUUAAAGGAAAGUUGAAUACUUACAGAUUCUGUGACAAUGUGUGGACCUUUGUACUCAAUAAUGUGGAAUUUAGGGAACUUCCUGUGCAGGAGCUGACAACUGUAGAUAAAGUUAAGAUUGUGGCUUGUGAUGGAAAGGGGGCUGACCCCAAGGGAUAAAUAAGAGCAGUUGAUGAAUGGAAGAUUGUGCCUGCUGGAAAAUUUGAUUGAGCGAAAAUGUGUCUAUUUUUGAUGAUAUUAUUUAUCACCUUCACUAUGUCAAGCUUUUACGAACUUUGUACUUAUAUUGCAAUAGUCACCUUUCUUGUAUCAUGGAAUGUCUGAAGCUAUUUAAUAGUAUUGUACCUAGCAAAUACAGCCAAUCAGAGUCUUCGACAGCCUUAGGCUUAUUGUUUAAGAUUUUUCUAACGAGGCCUAUGAUUUUCUGUAUUACCAAGAUGUUAGCAAAUACUGUCAAUCAGAGCUCUCUACAGAAAGUCUAUAUUAAACACAAAGCCAUAAUGUUUACAGUUUUUCUGUUGAGAGCUCAGUUUAACUGCUAAUGUACAAUCCAAUCAAAUAGCUGCAUCCAAACUUCCAAAAUACAAGAAUAGUAGCUAUUAAAGUCAAGGUAUAAGAAUGAACUUUGUAAUAGUUUAAUACAAUAUAUUGUGUAGAUGCAAAAUAGACUGCUCAUGUUAGAUAUGUUAGGAACUCCUCCAGAGUUUAAAUGAGCUGAAAAUUUUGAUCAGAUGACAAAAAUAAAUUCUGGUGUAAAAUAAAUUAAAUGUAAACUUGUUGUAAGAUAAUAAUAAAAAAUCAUGCAUUG